AUGUGGGUUGGGUCACCAGAAAAUGAUUGGAAUGAUCCUAGUAAUUGGAGUCCUGUAGGUAUUCCAAUAGCAACCGAUGACGUCUAUAUCCGUGAUGAAAGUAAUCAAACUACCGUCAUUUCUGUUGGACCAGUUGUAUUUGGGUCUCUUAUUGUGGGGAACUCACCACCCAAUGCCAAUGAAACUCUAUUGCUUGCCGGUGGAUUUUCAUCAGAUGGAGCAGUCUAUGUAACCGGUGCAGCCAUGUUGUUUCUUGGAACACUUGAAGACCAACCAAACUCUAUUUAUAAUGCCGAUAUAAUCAUGGUAGAUACUCCAUCCACUUUAUUAAUUAGAGAUGCCAAUGUUACUGUCGUUGAUGAUAUUUAUAACUUGGGUUUAAUCAUUUUAGAUGGAAAUGGAAACGCUUCGUCAAUUGAUAAUACAAAUAGUAUAAAAUGUGAGACUAAUUCAUAUUACCAAAUGAAUACAAUUUUUAAUAGAAGUAAUAGUACAUUGUUAUUAAAACCUGGUUCAUCUCUAUAUUUUACUGGAGUUGAACAAGACGAUACAACUAGAUUUAUGGAUGGAUCUAGAUUAUAUGGAAUGGCUGAAUCAGGAAUGAAAUUUGAAAAUCAAUCACUCUAUACAGAUCAAGCUAUAAUUGAAUUAAAUAGUUCAGCCAUUGCAACUGAAAAUGCUUAUAUUCUUAUUGGAGAUCAAACCAAAUUCAAUAUGACUGGAGCCUAUACCACCAUUUUCCCUCCAUCUAGUGACUCGGUAUUUGCAUCGUCUAGAUCCAAUGCAACCAUCACCGAUGCUAUCGUUGGUUUCGAUCAUACAUUGUUUUUUUUGAACAAUAGUCGAUUCAAUAUUUUUGGUUCUUCUGAUUUUUAUUUAAAAGAUUCUUUUAUUCUUACUAUGGGAGAUGGAGGUUUUUUAAGUUUGUUUGAGAGUGCAAAAAUGAAUGUUCACCAAUCAACAAUAUUCAUUCAAAAUUACCUCGAUUUAGGUGACCUUGCCAAUCUUAAUCUAUAUGGUUCUCAAAUUGUUAUUGCCGAAAACCAAGAUUAUUAUUCUUUUACUGCUAGUGGUAAUAGUAGUAUGACUUUAUCUCAUCAAUCAAGUUUAACGGUAAAUGGAAUAUUUUUUUUAACCGAUUAUGCUACUAUACAGAGCUCGGUUAGUGAUUUUUCAAUUAAAGAACAUAUGUAUCUACAAAAUGAUUCAAUUGUUCAGAUUAAUUUAGCCAAUUUCACUGUUGAUGGUCUCCUUACUAUUGUCGAUCGUGCUCAACUACUCUUUAGUUCGUCAAUUGUCUAUAUCAAUGGAUCGGCAGGUGCUUAUGAUCAGUCAAAGCUUUUACUAAACACCUCUAUUCUUUAUGUUCCAGGUAAUUUUACUUUGACAUCAACAUUUUUAUCCAUGAACUCUAUUAUGAUUGUCAAUCAAUAUUUCCAAAGUGCUGGUCUAUAUUAUGCAUUAGAGACAAAUUUAUUAGUGUCUGGUGAGUUUCAUUCAUAUGGUUAUGCCUUUUUUGAAAAUACAACUUUAAUUUCAAAUGGUACUGCAAAAUUUGAUACUGCAUUUUAUGGUAAAAAUGCAAAUAUUACAGUUCAGUCUGGAGAUUUGGUAUUUUUAGAAAAUUCCAACUUUACUUGUACCAAUUGUACUAUAUCUGUGCUGGCUGGUGUAUUUGAAUACCAACAAGGUACAAGACUUGAAUUAUUUAAUACUACAUUGACCAAUAAUGGAACAGUAUCAUCACUUGGUGAUGUUUCAUUGUCACCUGGUAGUAGUAUUACCAAUACUGGUCUAUUUACAAUAUUAUCGAAUAUUAUUGCAAAUGCCACUACAAACAAUGAAACAUUGCCAGCAGAGAUUAAUAAUUAUGGAUCAAUCAAUUCACAAUCAAAUGUUACUAUUGAUGUUUUAAUUAAUAAUUCUGGUAAUUUCUCGAUUGAAUCAAAUAGUAGUAUCUAUGUUCAAGAGUUUACUCAAACCGAUGGUGGCAAUCUACAACUAGUUGGUGGAGGUUCAAUCACAUCUUACCUUAACCUUAAUAUUCAAGGUGGAUCAGUCUAUGGCAAUGGUGCAAUUAAUACUAGUUUGGAUUUAAAUAAUAAUGGUCAAUUGGGUAUAAAGAAUAUAACAAGUGAAUUAGAGAUCCAUGGUAACCUUACACAAUCUGGUAAUAGCACAACAGUCAUUAGAAUUAAUACUAUUGAUGAUUUUACUAAAUAUAAAAUUAAUCAAACAAUUGAAGUAGCAGGAACAUUAUUAGUAUAUAUGAAUAAGAAUCUAUUGGGUAAUGAUGUCAAUGUAACUAUUAUUAGUUAUAAUCAAACUAGUAGUAGUGGUGGUGACUUUGGCAAGAUUAAAGUAUUGACCUAUGACCCUGAAAAUAAUGACGAUGAAGAAGAAGUUGAAUGUCAAGUACAACCAACCAAGGGUGAAAGAAACUAUUCCCUCCUCUUACAAGAUUGUGAAAAUAGUACAGCUCAAUCAAAUCGAAACAAAGUGAUUGUAGGAGCAGUAGUUGGAUCUAUUGUUGGUGCAUCUGUGUUGGUUGCUUCUUAUAUCGCAUACAAGAAAUACCUUGCAAAGAAACUAUUUGCUAAAAAGUUGGAUCGUAUUCAAGCUGAAAUGAAUAAAUUAUAA